CACACACACACACACACACACACACACACACACACACACACUCCUUUCUCUCUAUCCCCUGUCUCUUUCUCUCUUUCCCUCCCCAGUUUAGCAAGUGGCGCGCACUUGCCCCAGGGGCGUUCGGAUGCUCGGAUGCAAAUUGUCGACAUUCAACUUUUAGGGGCUACGGGUGGCUGCUGCGGCUGCAGUUUGACUGUGGAGCCAAGGGCUACUGGGCCGCCUGGCGCUCACUGGGCGCGCGGAACUACGCCAGGGCCACCGCCGCUGCCCUCUGCUGCUGCUGCUGCUGCUGCUGCCGCCGCCGCCGCCGCCGCCGCCGCCACCGCUGCCGGGCUACUGCUGCUGCUGUGAGCGCAGCCCCGUGCGCUCAUGUCAUUCUGCUGUAAGUGACUUCAUGUGAUGUCAGCUAAAUGUAAAAGACAGUGAUCUCACGCGGAGGGAAGAUGUUGGCUAUCAAAAUGUGACAGUGUAGCCCUGCUGCAUGCCUCGUACGCAUCUCUCUCCUCGGCGCCGGGGGAGAAAGAGUUAGACCAGAGCAACGUCGCCCGGGAGGGAGGCCGGCUUCGCCCCCCACCCCCACCCUCUGCGCCCCAGCACCCCUGCUCCCUUCCUACCACUGGGACCCGCGGUAACUUUUCCUCGAGAUGGCGAGCUCGACUUCCCUCGAGACCAUGGUCCCGUCGUCCUGUUCCCGGACCGGCGCCUCCACUGCCACGUCCAAAACCUUGGCCUUCUCCAUCGAGAGGAUCAUGGCCAAGACUUCGGAGCCCAAGCCCCCCUUCGAACCCCGUGGGCCAGGGGGCCUGGAGGCGGACGGGGGCGCCAAGAAGAUGCUCAGCCUCUGCUCGUCCUUGCCUUGUAUGAUUCCCAUCCAGCCCCUGGGCUACGAGAUGCCCUCCAAGACUCUGCUCAACUACACGGAGCUUUGGAAGAGUAGCCUCCGGGGCGGCGGAGGUGGUGGCGGAGGUGGUGGUGGCGGUGGGGGCAGCGGGGGACCCCAGCUCUGCGGUGCCAGCGGCUUGUGCAAAGCUAACUGCGGCAUGUGCUGCAAAGCGGAGCUGAGCCUGGCCCCGUCCGUGCUGCCCACCGGCAGGGUCAUCAAGCCUCAGGUCAUCAACCAGGCCGUGGGGCUGCCGGCCAAUGGCUCGCUCUACUACUUCAACUACCUGGAGUCCUCGGCGUAUCCCCCGUCGGAGCUACUCAAUGGGCACCUCUUCCCCUCCAGCAUCCUCAACUCCCAGUCCCCGGCGUCCCUGGCCACCCACCAGAAACUCUUCUUGUUGGAGAACGCUAAGCUGGCCACGUUGGCCGCGGACAAGUUCCCCCAUGCCCCUUACCCCCACAAAGAGCGCCUUCCCGGGCAGCUGGACCAGGUCAUGAAGGAGAACACGGCAUUGACGGCAGAGCGGAACGGGGCCAAGAGUCACGGCAAACUAGCGGCGAGCUCCGCCGACGGCAAGCCCAAGAACUUCACCUGUGAAGUGUGCGGCAAGGUGUUUAACGCUCACUAUAACCUCACUCGUCACAUGCCGGUCCACACGGGAGCCAGACCGUUUGUCUGCAAAGUUUGCGGGAAGGGCUUUCGGCAAGCCAGUACCUUGUGCAGACACAAAAUCAUCCACACCCAGGAAAAACCUCACAAAUGCAACCAGUGCGGCAAAGCCUUCAACCGGAGCUCCACGCUUAACACGCAUAUCCGAAUCCACGCAGGCUACAAGCCUUUCGUCUGUGAAUUCUGCGGGAAAGGGUUCCACCAAAAAGGAAACUACAAAAAUCACAAACUGACCCACAGUGGGGAGAAACAAUACAAGUGUACCAUCUGCAACAAGGCCUUCCAUCAGAUUUAUAACUUGACUUUUCAUAUGCACACCCACAACGACAAGAAGCCUUUCACUUGUGCCACUUGUGGGAAAGGAUUUUGCAGAAACUUUGAUCUAAAGAAGCACGUGAGGAAACUCCACGACAGUGUGACCCCCGGAGUUCCCUCCACAAAGGACUUGCCCCGGACGGUGCAGAGCUGAAAGCUUCCGGCUCUGAGAAGGACCUGGUUCUUCACCCUCCACACCGCCUGCCCCUCGGAGACUGGAGAGAGAGACACUGAUUUCUAAGAUUUAAAUAGAUAUAUAUAUAUAUAAAUAUAUAUAUAUAUAUACAUACAGCAGAGAGGUUAGAUCUAUUUAUCGAGACCAACAUCUAUUUUGGAAAGCUAAAACGUCUCCCUAUGACUUAGGGAGCAGAAUUGUACAAACACACACACACCCCCACGUGUGUAGAUAGAGGGGGAAACUUAUUUAAAGAGAAGUCCUGGACCUCAGAGCUCCCCGGAGACAUUUUAUUGGGGGGUGACAGAGGGUGGGGGGAGGGUAGACUAUCUGAACCUAACUUUUCCACACUGGCUGAAUAUAAGGGAGCUGUAUGAUGAGCCUAUCCACUUUCUACAUUUCUGUAAAUUUCCAUGUACGAUCGAUUAAGGAAUAUAUCUAUAUAUGAUUAUAAUAAACCGAUUCCAUUCGCAAGAGUCUUGUUUGCCCUCUCCCCAACAUUGGGAGAGGACCAUGGAGGGAAAUGUUUCUCCUUUCCUGUUUCCUUCCUUGUAUCCUAUCCAUUCUUCCUUCUUUCGUCCCCCUCCACUUUUCUUCCUUCCCUCCAUCCUUUUUCUUUCUCCUUUUUUCUUUCCCUUCAUUCCUUCCCUCCUUCCUUCCUUCCUUCCUUUUUCCCUCCCUUCCUCCAUCCCUCCCUCCCUGCAGCUGAUGUUCUGACCAUAUUUCCAAAAGUUAUCUUUUGUAUUUUUCAAGCCAGCCGGGAGCUUGACUGAAGGAGAUGCGCUGGAAGCGGAGUAGGAAGAGAAACCUCCAAACGACUGUGGGGUGCUCUUGGGUAACUGAGCUGGCACACUGGUGGGCUGGAGGGGGUGUGGGGCACCUAUUGAACUCUGUGGUUGGGGAAAGGCAUACGAAAAUAUCGAAAUACUUUGCUUUAUUCUGUUGUCUUGUGUUUAACUAACGUGUGACCUACAGUGAGACGAGCCUUCCAGAGGAAAGAAUAGCCGUUACGCCAGGGUGUUGAAUUUCCUACGCAGGACCAGGGGCGAAAUGUGUUCGUGUUGUAGGAAAAAUACAGUGUAGCCGGGCCAGGAAGCACCUGUUUGCUGGACUGCUCUGCGGGGAGAAGUUUCUUCUGUUUCUCUAGCUGGGGAAAUUGGUGGGGAAAGUGGGAAGAGUGUGGGAGAAGGGAGGGCGGGGAGCGGCGAUGACGGCGCGGUGCACGUAGGUGCGCCCCUGCUCUUCCAACUGCAUUGGCCCGUGCGCAUUUCCGGUCUACUCCUCCUCCUCCUUUCAUUUACUUACCUGGGCGUUCGUUCACAGAGCUUGGUCUGCUACUACCGCAACCCCAGAAAGGCCGAGGGCAGUCUCCGAGACUGGCCGCUUACUCCCCAACGGCAUAUGUCC